GAUGACCCGCCCCUUGCGCUGGGGCCGCCCUCUGCGCUGCCUGAGAGGCCGAGCGGGGUUUUCCGGGGCGCUUUUAUGUUACGAGCCCUGUCUGUGGGCUCCCAGGGCCGGGCGCUUUCUGAGCGCAGGGACGGGACGCGCCGAGGGGGUCGCAGAGGCGUUGAGUGAGGGACUCCCUGGUCCUCCGGCUACGCUCAGGGCGGCCUGCUAAGGGCCUCAGGAGCAAGGACCCCCUUUUUGUCAAAAUGGCAGCGCCCAGCGUGCUGUGAGGGUAUCUUUAAGGGAGGGGGUGCGUCGGGUAAGAGCCUUCCCCAGGAGAGUAGGCAGCGUGCCACGCUUCAGAGUUUGAAACACCCAGGUUCGGGUCUCCUGGGCGAGCGGUGGGAUCCCUGCAUCUUUCCUGCUUUCUGUUCAGAGGCGGGAUUCUUCCAUUUUCUCGAUUGUUCUGGAUCCCCAAUUUGCUGUGGUUUCAUCAGCCAUAGGAGAUUGGAGGAACUGCCGUACUGUCUUCUACAGCAGCUUUACCAUUUUACAUUUCUGUCAGCAGUGCACCAGGGUUCCAAUUUCUCCAGACAGGAGAUACUAUCUCUUUUGGGAUUAAAACAGACUGAAAGAAUCUGUGAAAGAAGUUUCUACAAUGGUUUGCUCAGCUCUCAGGAGAGUUGCCCAGGUGCAUGCUUACCUGGUGAGGAAGUCCAGUAGUGUCUCCAAAGGCCAUCAUUGUCAGGCCUUGGGCUCGAGAUCUGCUGCUUCGGAGCCUGCUGCCCGAGGAGCUCCAGGUGGCAUGGUGGAGCUGCUGGGCAAAUCUUAUCCUCAGGAUGACUAUAGCAACCUCUCCCGGAAGGUCCUCUCCAAGGUCGGCAGGAAUCUGCACCACCAGCAGCAUCACCCACUCUGGCUGAUCAAGGAGAGGGUGAAGGAGCACUUCUACAAGCAGUAUGUGGGCCGCUUCGGGACUCCGCUGUUCUCCGUCUAUGAUGACCUUUCUCCAGUGGUCACCACCUGGCAGAACUUUGACAGCCUGCUCAUCCCAGCUGACCACCCCAGCAGGAAGAAGGGAGACAACUAUUACCUGAACAGGACUCACAUGCUGCGAGCACACACAUCUGCACACCAGUGGGACCUCCUGCACGCUGGGCUAGAUGCCUUCUUGGUGGUGGGCGAUGUCUACCGGCGCGACCAGAUCGACUCCCAGCACUACCCAGUGUUCCACCAGCUGGAGGGUGUCCGACUCUUCUCUAAGCAUGAGUUAUUUGCUAGCAUAAAGGAUGGAGAAAGCCUACAGCUCUUUGAACAGAGUUCUCGCUCUGCCUGUAAACAAGAGACACACACCAUGGAAGCCAUGAAACUCGUCGAGUUUGACCUUAAGCAAACACUUACUAGGCUUGUAUCACAUAUUUUUGGAGACGGACUGGCCAUUAGAUGGGUAGACUGCUACUUCCCUUUUACUCAUCCUUCCUUUGAGAUGGAGAUCAACUUCCAUGGAGAAUGGCUAGAAGUCCUUGGCUGUGGGGUGAUGGAGCAGCAACUGGUGAAUUCAGCGGGUGCUCAUGAUCAGAUCGGUUGGGCCUUUGGCCUAGGACUGGAAAGACUGGCCAUGAUCCUCUAUGACAUCCCUGACAUCCGCCUCUUCUGGAGUGAGGAUGAGCGUUUCCUGAAGCAAUUCCGUGUGUCAGAUAUCAACCAGCAUGUGAAAUUCCAGCCUUUUAGCAAAUACCCCGCUGUGAUAAAUGACAUCUCAUUCUGGUUGCCCUCUGAGAAUUAUAUAGAAAACGAUUUCUAUGACUUGGUACGGACAAUUGGAGGAGACCUGGUGGAAAGAGUUGAUCUGAUAGACAAGUUUAAACAUCCAAAGACACACAAGAUCAGCCACUGCUACCGCAUCACGUACCGCCACAUGGAGCGGACCCUGUCCCAGAGAGAGGUCCGGCACGUGCACCAGGCGGUGCAGGAGGCCACGGUGCAGCUGCUGGGCGUAGAGGGCAGGUUUUGAGGCCACCGCCUGGACCAAGCUGCCGCCGCUCAAGGCUCCGGGGAUUUGUGGGAGAGAAAAGGCUACUGUUAGUGGAUGGGGGCAUCUGUCAUGUUUUGAUAAGUGGGUCAGUGUUGGGACUUUCAGAAAAUAAAGGAUCGCUCCUAAGAA